UCAUGACCUGAGCUGAAAUCAAGAGUCAGACGCCUAACCGACUGAGCCCCUCCAGGCACCCCGAAAGCGCAAGUGAAGCUGAGUUGGCCGCUCCAGAAUGAACCACAGCUCUAAGAUGGGGAAGUAGAAACCCAGCUGGCUCUUUGCCAUGGCCUGCGAACCUCAGAUGGGCCCCAGCGGGGCAGCCGGCCCGUUGCCCACCUCCUCCCCUGGCUGGAAUGCCUUGCCUGGAGGGCGUCCCCCAGGCUGGGGGCAAGAGCUCCGCAAUGGCCAGGUCCUCACGGUUCUGCGGAUCGACAACACCUGUGCGCCCAUCGCCUUCGAUCUGGGCGCCGCAGAAGAGCAACUGCAGACCUGGGGCAUUCAGGUCCCCGCCGACCAGUACAGGAGCUUGGCCGAAAGCGCCCUCUUGGAGCCCCAAGUGAGGCGAUACAUCAUCUACAACUCCAGGCCCAUGCGGUUGGCCUUUGCUGUGGUGUUCUAUGUGGUGGUGUGGGCUAACAUCUACUCCACCAGCCAGAUGUUUGCCCUGGGGAACCACUGGGUAGGUGUGCUGCUCGUGACCCUGGCUGCCAUGAGCCUGACUCUGACCCUCGUGCUCAUCUUCGAGAGACACCAGAGGAAGGCCAACACCAACACGGACCUUAGGCUGGCGGCUGCCAACGGAGCCCUCCUGAGGCACCGGGUGCUGCUGGGGGUGACGGACACGGUGGAAGGCUGCCAGAGUGUGAUUCAGCUCUGGUUCGUCUACUUCGACCUGGAGAACUGUGUGCAGUUUUUGUCUGACCACAUUCAAGAGAUGAAGACUAGCCAAGAGUCCUUGCUGAGAAGCAGAUUGAGCCAGCUGUGUGUUGUCAUGGAAACCGGAGUGAGCCCCGAGACAGCAGAGGGGCCUGAGGACCUGUUGGAGGAAGCCCCUCUCCUGCCCAGCAAUCCUCAUUCGGAGGAGAGGCCACUCCUGCAGACUGAGCUUCGUCAGCUCGUGCCUGAGGCUGAGCCAGAGGAAAUGGCCCAGCAGCUGUUGGCGGUAUUUGGCGGCUACUAUAUCCGGCUCCUGGUGACCUCGCAGCUUCCCCAGGCAGUGGGGACACGACACACGGACUCGCCAAGGAUUCCGUGCCCCUGCCAGCUCAUAGAAGCCCACAUCCUGGGUACUGGGUGCUGCCCGUUCCUGGCCAGGUGACCUAGGGAGGAAGGUACUCCGCUUCCUGCGAGACUGAAGGUCCUCAGGAAGGCUCAGGAGCGCCAGGCGGCUGACGGUGAACCCCAGGGGAGGAGAGAAGCAUCUGGGAGCACUCGGAAGACUGUCAGUCAUGUCAGAGCAUGGGUAUCGUGCUUGCUUCAGGACUCUGCACAGGAAUACCUUUCCACAUCCCAUGCUGACCCCUGGCCCUUUCAGAAGCUGAUGGUUGCCAAGCUGGUCCCACUCCAAACCAGUCUCUAUGCUGCUUAGAACCAUGGGCAUGGAUGGAAGGCCUCUCCCAUGCCCUGGAGAGCCCAGAAAAUGUGAAGAUGCCCCUGCUGGGCCAACCAUGUGUCCAGAGCUCAGUCUCAGGUGAUGGUCCUGUCCUCAGCUCCUUCAUGUCAGACAGGAAAACUGAACCUCAGAGAGGACUCUGCUCUUUGUAGCAUUGUCUCGGGCCUCCAGAAUUCCUAAUCGGAAGGAAAGAAGUCAAUUCUCAGAACGUUCUCCAUUUGUAAGUUUGUCAUGCCCUUUGUUUUAUGACAAACAAUGGCCUUGUGUUGUCUGCUAGCACACAGACUUCUAGGAGGCAGAAGAGAGAAACCAGCGGCACGUAACUGAUAAUGGGACUGUUUGGGAAAGAUUGAUUCUGUCUGAUUUGAGGAUGUAUUUCGUUUAAAGGCAUGCAUGCCUGUGGUUGUGGUUUUAUACUCCAGACUGAGAGCAGCAGUCCUGUUUUCUGACGCUAAUCUGUCACUCAUGACGUUCCAUGAAGAGGUCGGGGGUUUUCAGGUUCUCUGCUCCUGAGCAAGUUUGAAGACCAAUUAUUCCACAGGCGCAAAUCCAAAAGACCUGGCCUGGCAUUUAAGAGCUCCCCAGCCUGCAGGACCCAGCCCUCAUCUGUGAUUUUGGCUUCAUCUCCCACAAAACUUCUUCAUAAGUUGAAACUCUUUCCUGGACUAAUGUACCUACUCGAUCUCAUCCUUUGAACUCCUAUGCAUGCUUCAAAGCCCAGCUUUACUUACCUCUCCUUCAGGAAGCCUUUCAACAUAGAACAUGGCCUGCUUCUCUGCCUCCUUUAAAUUCUUAAUGUAGCUGCUGCCUUUAUUGAUGUUUUACGUUACCAAUUCUGUUUUCCUGUGCACAUGCGCAUUUUUCUAGCUAGACUCAAUUUCCGAAGGACAAAAUUCUCACCUUAUAAUUUUUGUGCAUGGCCUAGGCCUGCUAAGGGGGAAACAGACCAACCCAGUGGAUUGAGGGCUUUGUCAUCUCUAGAGUAGCCUUUGCAGAUUGCUCUCUAUGCUCAGUUGAAUGAGGUUGGCACAGACCUGGGUUCUGGUCCUGCUGCUGACAUUUCUAGCUGUGUGACUUUUGGCCAGUCCUCAGUUUACUCAUCUUUAUAUAAAUGAAUACAUAUGGGUAGUUGGAUGAUUCUUAGCUUCCCUUCCAAAGCCGAAGUUCUGGCUUUUUCUGUUCCAGUCUAGCCCUUGGCCUAUCUGUUAUGCCUUUAUCCACAUGCAGAAGGGUCCUCCAGCCUUACGUGACUGAGGUGUCCCAGACCUGUCAGACCUGCGGACGGAACACUGGCCUAGUUAGCAGGAGACCUGGAUUCUCGUCCCAGAUAUGCUGCUUCCUUAGAAGCAUGACCUUGGCCAGGUCACGUAACCUCUCUUGAGUGUCCGUUUACUUCUUUCUAAAUGGAUCUGGUGAACACGAAAUGUAAUCCUGUGGGUGACUUACUGUGUAAGAGGCCAGUCUGACUGUUUGCUUUCUCUGGGCCCAGAGGAGACAAAUCGUGUACAUAGACCCACCCCGGGAAAUGGCUACCUUAGGCAUUUCUCUUUAGCCAGCUCUCAGGGCCGCUGUGCUCCAUCAGAGUAAUUCACGAAGGCAGUCGCUGUCUCGCUCCCCUGCCACAGAAGGAAUGUGGGCUGUGAAUGGGCUCCGUAGAAGCCCGUAUUUAUCAUCCAACCGGAAACCCUGGUAAGUAUAGUAACAGAAUAAACAUGUCUGUGUUAAAUGAUGAAAGGCUAACGUCCAGACGCUCCUUGAGGUGUUCUUCCCUGCCUUUUCCCGAGUUGCUGGUGGUCUCACCUAGUGGGCAGAGCAUUCACGUGUGCCCCCCCCAAGCGCUUUCUUUGCCUUCGCCACUGGCUCUCCUCCUUUAGAAAAUUCUGUGAUCUCUGUCUUGCCUACUUCACAGGGUCGUGCGAAGCUCAGAACCCAGACCUGGACACGCACCCUGCUUUAAGGCUCUGUGUUGAGGACGGGCACAGAGACAGUGCAGAUGGUGGGUGCGGAGGGAGGGGCUCAGAGCCUGGAUUCUGGAGUUCCUCAGAUCCAGGUUCCGCUCCUCGGAGCAGUGUCCCUUGCCACCCUGGGGUGUCACUCCUCGUGCAUGGAAUGAGGAUUUAGCAUACGCAACCGGCAGGUAUUGUGAAAAUGAGAUAAUAUAAAGAAUGGAAAGUGCUUGCAACUUUGAGCUACAAGCUUGAGUCAGAGCACAAUAAAUUGUUGCUGGUUU